AUGGCUAGUACACGACGGACUCAGUGGCCAACGAAGACGGCUCUGCUCGCCAGCGUAUUGCAGGUAGCAUCAGCGUCAGCAGCUGCACUGGCAAGCUCAGCCUCUUCCCUCCACUGGACACCAUGCCCCUCAAACUCCGCCCUUGACUGCACGACACUCACAGUGCCACUUGAAUACGCUGACCCGCACAACGGUCAGCUCGCAACGAUCCCCCUCGCCCGGUACGCUGCUAGAGUGCCCGCCACUCAGCGAAAAGGCACCCUUCUCACGAACCCCGGCGGUCCCGGGUCCUCCGGAGUCGAUUUCCUCUCGAACGGGGCCGGGUCUGGGAUUUCAAAUAUUACGGGUGGAUACUACGAUAUCGUGUCCUGGGAUCCGCGCGGCGUCGGCGCCGCGAAGCCUCUACUUGCCUGCUGGGAAACGGCGGGCAGGGAAGCAGACGCGUCGGCCAGUGUCACUGCAGCAGCGGAAAUCGAGUACAGUCUUUUCACGAACAAGAGCUAUACUGCGCCGGGUGGGGAAUACGAGACGGCAAUUCGGGAGUAUGAUGCGUCGCUAGCAAAGAUCGCAGCCGAUUGCGCGAAGUACGAUUCCUCUGCUCUGUAUACUUCAAGCGCGGCGUACGUAGUGCGCGAUAUGGUCGCCAUAAUUGAUGCAUUAGACGGGACGAACGCUUCAGUGAACUACUGGGGAUUUUCUUACGGGACCAUCUACGGCGCUGAGUUUAUACAGACCUUUCCCCAGCGUGUAGGACGGUUCGUCUUCGACGGGGUUUUCAAUCCCAAAGCCAAUGCGGAACGGUAUACGAGCCAGCUGCCGAAUGACCAGCUAUAUGUAGCGGAUGCAAUUGCGGACCUUGCGAGUCUCUGUGAGGCGGCUGGCGAGGAGGCUUGUGCUCUGGCAAGUGCCGGUGGAGGUGCCGAUGCACGCGGAAGGUCGAAAAAUAGCUCUAUAGAUAUUGCGGAGCGUCUUGCGAACCUACAAGGGUCGCUGUAUGAGAACCCCGUCUCAGUCUCCGAUGGCUCGUGGUCGAUCACUGUCGGCAUGUUCAGCUUCUUCAUGUAUUCUUUCCUCAAACUCCCCACAGCAUGGCCCGCCGUUGUCUCCGCCGUAAAGGCACUCGAAGAAGGAAACGCAGACCCCAUGGGCGAGCUUCUGACCGGAGCAACGGAGACAACAGUCAACGCCAGCGCCCCAGAUACAGGAUCCAUGGCUGGAUGGCCGAUUCAAUGCACGGACAACGCACCAUCGAAUGGUACGAGCAUCCCUGAAGUCGCGGACCUAGUCCUUGAUAUCUCGUUACGGGAACGGACACCUUGGCUCAAUGCGGAUCUGUCCACAUUGUCCUUCUGUCGGAACUUCCCGAAUACCCGGCCGCGUGUACGGAACCUGGGGGCCUCGAGCCUGGAGAGCUUCCAAACGAAUGCAAUUCUCACGGCCAGGAAUACCUCCGUGCUUAUCGCCAAUGGUCUCCACGACCCCACGACUCCGGUAACGUCCGCGCAGGCGCUGCACCGCUGGCUCCCUACAUCCUCGCAACUAGUCACGAGGAAGGGACCAGGCCAUACGACGAUCAGCCUCGCAUCUCUGGGCCUAGUCUACUCGAUAAGGGAGUACCUUCUGAAUGGGACAGUGGCUGAAAGUGUGCAGGUGCAUGAUUUCAACCAGGUUGUCUUUUCCGAAGGUAUUAGUGCUGGGACGAUCACGCCGGAGCCAGUGUUCAACGGCACCUACAACGAGGAAGAGAGAAGGUUAUUGGAGGCAACUCACCGCGUGUAUUUGGCCUUUAUCAGUUUGCCGUAG